GGGUCACUGGAAUUGACGUUUUAACUGACAUUUGGUACAAUAUUUACUAAUUUACUAUACACCAUUGCGGUUAAUAACGUGAAGUUGUUUCUCGAAGCGCCCGUUAAACGACUAGGCCGUCACGGAUUUGGACUGUCCUGACUCGCAGUGUAAGAUGCACAAAAAUGGACCAAUCAGGUGCCCUCGGAAAAUUCUGUCAGCAGAAAGAGCGUUGGGCUCAUCUGCAAUAUGAGCGAGGCAUUGGCGGCUGAACUUGAGGAGGCCAAACAUGUGAUUCCAACCCUUGAAGGCUUUACUCUGGUCACAUGUGUACCUGCCCAGGUCAGGGCAGGCUACAAGCAAACAGACUACAAGCAUGUGAACGUUAUACUCCAGUUCCCUGACCGCUACCCCCAGGAGCCUGUGGUCAUCCAACUGACCAGCAAGACACUGUCUGAGAGACUGCUGGCCAGUCUAGUAAGGAUGUGUGAUGAAGAUGUGAGGGGUCGCUUGGGGCAAAGACAGGUUCUGCCAGUGAUGAGGUAUGUGCGAGAAUUUAUAGUGAACAACCCCCUGUGUGUUGCCUGUGACGAGAUAACAGCUAUCAAGAGACACCUCAUAGCUGAGAUGGACAAGUUGAAACUUAAACAGGAACUCUCUGCGGUGCACUUAAAGAUUGUUCAAGACCUGUACUGGAUGAAUCUCAAACUCACAGUUCCAGAUAACUACCCGGUAGAACAAGUCAGCAUUGAGGCAGCUGAAAGCAACUUUCCCGAUCUGUUAAAGAAGUUCUUUGUUGGCCAGGCAUUAGAGAUAGCAAGGAGAUGUGCCCAGCCUCCACUGAAACCCAAACCAAGGGACCCACCAUUCAAGCCCCGCCCCUCUCUGCUGGAGGUGUGUCAGUUCCUGGUGACAGAGUGUGUGAAGAGAUACCCACAGCUCAACUGUCCAUGCUGCAGGGAGAGGGUCAUGCUCAGAGACCCAGAGGCAGUGGCCAAGGACCCCCGUAAGAGAGUCGAGCGAGUCUACUGUGGACAUCUCUAUCAUCAUGGCUGUCUAGCGAAAUACUUAAAAACACCCCCUUUCAAAGAGGGCAAGUUCUGUCCAGACUGCGGUAAACAGAUAUUCCACGAGAAGUGGAGGCUGCCCCCUGAACUGGCGGAGGCGCGAUGGGCUUCCAAACAGGCCCGACAGAGGGAGUUGGCAGAGGUCACAGACUUCCUCAGCUGAUGUCUCCUCAGAUAUGUUUGAUUAUGAUUGUGAUUGUUCUGUCCGUUGUUCGUCAUCUGUUGUGCGUCGUCAACAUAUACCUUUUUAACACUGUAGAGGCAAGAUUUAUUGUCAAAUUUUCAUGAAACUUUGUCAGAACAUUUGUCCCAAUAAUAUCUUGGCUGAGUUUGAAACUGUGUCACAUUAGGUCAAAAAGUAGGUCAUUUGGUCAAAUUAAAGAAAAUACUUGUUUAUACUCUGAAAGUCACAUUUAUAGUCAAAUCUUCAUGAAACUUGGUCAGUGUGUUUGUUCUAAUGAUAUAUAAGCUUUGUUCAAAAGUCUUAUUGUCCCCUACUGGUUUGCGCUCUGUGCGUCAGUCUGUCAGUCCGUCACACUUUUCUGGAUCCUGGAUAACUUAAAAAGUUCUUCAUAUUUUUAAAUGAAACAUGGACAGAUGGCAAUAUAAAGAUUAUGCGUGUCAAUUCAUUUUGUUCCUACGUCAAAAAUUGUGGUUGCUAUGGCAACAAAUGUAAAAAAAUGUAUAUAAUUUUUUACUGACAAUGGUGGAGUUUCACCAGUAGGGGACCAUAUUGCUUGGCAAUCGCUUGUUUAUUGUGCAAUCUGAAUGAAAUUUGGUCAGAACAUUAGUUCUUAUGCAAUCUCAGCUGAUUUGGAAAAUAUUUUCAUGUCUUUCCUUAAAUGGCAAUAGUAAAAACUUUUUUUGUCCAAUCUUAUGAAACUUGUUAGGAACAUAAGUUAUAAUGAUAUUCCAGCUGAGUUCGAAAAUGGUGUCUGUCCAUCGAAAAACAUGACCGCCAGGUGGCGGGGCAGUUUUCCUCAAUGGUUUUAGUGAAACUGUGUCAACAUUAUUGAAGUCAAAUUUAUGGUUCAAUAUUCUUGAAACUUUGUCAGAACAUUUGUUAUUAUGAUAUUUUGGCUGAGUUGACAAAUUGUUCAGGUUUCUUAAAAAAACAUUGCUGCAAUGGUGUGGGCAGUUUUCUUUAUAUGGCUGAAAUAAAACCUUGUAUUCUAGGAGUCUUAUUUACAGUCCAAUCUUCACAAAACUUGGUCAGAUCAUUUGUUCUUAUAUUAUCUUGGCCGAAAUGGAGAAAUUGUUCCGGUUCCUUGAAUAACAUGGCCGCCAGAGGAUGAGUCAGUUUUACUUAUGUAGAUUUGAGUCAUGUUCUGAGAAAGCUGGGCAUAAUGCAUGUGCAUUAAGUGUCGUCCAAGAUUAGCCUGUGCAAUCUGCACAGGCUAAUCAGGCACGACACUUUUCGCUUUUAUGACAUUUUUCGUUUAAAUGAAGUCUCUUCUUAGCAAAAAUCCAAUUUAGGUGGAAAGUGUUGUCGCUGAUUAGCCUGUGCAGACUAGCCCGUGCAGACUGCGCAGGCUAAAAUGCGACGACACUUUAUGCACAUGCAUUAUUCCCAGGUUUCUCAUUGAAUGAAGCCUUCUUAACGCUCAAAUGGACAAAUUUAUUGGCCAAUCUUAUUAAAACUUUGUCAGAACAUUAGUCACCAUGAAAUCUCAGUGGAAUUUGAAACUGGGUCAUGUGAGCUCAAAACAUAAGUCACUAGGUCAAACUAAAAAAAACAGCACAUUUAUACUCUAGAAAUUCAUUCAUCUUCAUGAAUCUUAAUCAGAACAUGUGCUCUUACAACAUCUCAGCCGAGGUAAAAAAAAAAUAAAAUUGGCCUAUAUAAAAUAUUUUGUUUGAUAAAGUUCUUUCAUUAUUUUGAACUCCACCUUGACAGAAUGGUUUAGUUCCUUAUGGUCUCAGGUUAGCACCUUAGGGCCCAAGGACUUUUGCUUCUUAUACUUCAAAGAUAUUGUUUUAAAUAUCAUAUAUUUUAUUAAUUCUUUGUAUGAUUUUUAUGACCCCGGAAGGAGGGCAUAUAGUGAUCGGACUGUCCGUCCGUCUUUCCGUCACACUUUGCGUUUAGGUUUUGAAAAAUGCUCAUAACUUCUAUGUCCCUUGAGAUAUGACCUUCAUAUUUGGUAUGCAUGUGUAUAUGGACAAGGCCUUAACAAACGCACAAAAAUUUUGACCCUUGUGACCUUGACGUUGAACUUAGGGUCCACGUUUAGGUUUCGAAAUCUGCGUUUAGGUUUUGAAAAAUGCUCAUAACUUCUAUGUCCCUUGAGAUAUAACCUUCAUUUUUGGUAUGCAUGUGUAUAUGGACAAAGCCUUUCCAUACGCACAAAAAUUUUGACCCCUGUGACCUUGACCUUGAACUUAGAGUCCGUGUUUAGGUUUUGAAAUCUGCGUUUAGGUUUUGAAAAAAGCUCAUAACUUCUAUCAAACGUUUAUAGGGGGCAUAAGUCAUCCUAUGGUGACAGCUCUUGUUGUAAUUUUAUUUUGUGUAUAAAUCAGAAUGAUAAAUUUACAUUUAAAUUAAAAUAUGAGAUUACUUACAAAAUAACUUUAUAAUGUGGUAAGAAACACUUUUAAUGUUAAAAUUUAAAUAUAAAUUACAGUAUAUCAAAAUGGUAUACUGAUUCAAAAAAAGCAAAUCAACUGUUUAAAAUGUGUGGGAUUUUAUUUAUUUUACUAUAUUUGUGCUGUAUGUUUAAGUCAUAAGUUAUUGUCAUAAGGUUUUAAUACAGUUUAUAUUAAACUGUUCAUUUACCUAUAUUUUUAUUAUAAUUGAUCUAUGUUUUUGCUUUUGUUUGGACUUUAUCUGUUUGAGUUUAUAUGUAUUUACAGAGCGUGUUAUUAAUGCCCUGUUCAUCAAGCCCUAAUAAAUUGUAUGCAUAUGAUGCGUUUUAUUGUUGGUUAGUUUAUUAUUGAGAUGUAUUGGAAUAUUAUACUUGUUAAUUAUGGAUAUAAAAAUUAUGUUUAUUUGUACAUUAAAUGACCUUACAGUAUACUAAAAAACGGUUGCAACUUUAAAUUGUUUAAUAAAAAUGACUUCAGUAUACAUACUUAACAUUAAAAUUUGGCAAAUCAAA